ACAAAAAAUGUUUUUUUCAUAUUCUUAGAUAAUUUUGAUUUCAAGGAAAAUUAUAAAACAUAAGUGAAGUUUUUAAUAAAAUUAAGCAAAAUCUAAUCAAAAAUAUAUUUUGCUACAGGCAAAUUCAUGUAGCCUGAUAUUGUAAGUAGCAACGGGAGUGUGAGCGUUCGAGUAAACAAAGAAAAGCUGAACGGUCGGUCUAUAAAUCUCAGGAACAAUGUUUUAUCGUAGAUUUCUUAAAUCAGUGCUGUUUGGCAUACCUAUAGGUGUAACAUUUUUAGACUGUGUGGGAUAUGUAGCCAGGGUAGAUGGCAUAUCAAUGCAACCGGCAUUAAAUCCAGAUGCUACUCAGACUGAUUAUGUGUUCCUAUCGCGUUGGGCGGUGCGCAGUAAUAAUGUACAGCGUGGUGAUAUUGUUUCAUUAAUAUCGCCCAAAGAUCCCUCACAGAAAAUCAUUAAACGUGUUGUGGGCCUGCAAGGCGAUGUAGUAUCCACAUUGGGUUACAAACAGGAAAUUGUCAGAAUACCCGAAGGUCAUUGUUGGGUAGAGGGAGAUCAUACAGGUCACUCUUUAGACUCAAAUACAUUUGGACCUGUAGCUUUAGGUCUUAUGACGGCCAGAGCCGCUUUUAUUGUUUGGCCUCCUGAAAGAUGGCGCUCUUUACCAACAGAAUUGCCCGGGAAAAGAAUACCCAUACAUACCGCCAAAUCUACGAAUUAUCAUUAAGAAAACUUGCCUAACUAAUAUAGUGGAAAAAUGGAGCAGGAUACCGAUGAGCCAGCAUGUUUGUGUUUUAUUUUUCAUUUAAUGUUCACUUUAAUAAAAAGUGUCUAUUUUGUAAAUAGUUUGAUGGACAUCGUAUACGUACUAACAAAAAUCAAAGUUUUCGAAAACUUACCAAGUUUUGGAUUUGAAAAUUGAUAAGUUUUGUUUAAAUAAUUGGCACUUUCUAAUUAGUUUAUAAAAUAUAGUUCAAAAAUAAAUUUUAAUAGAUCAA